GUUCGCGUCAAAAGGAAGUCCAGCUUUCUUUGUCCAAUGCGCGGUCAUGAAUGGCGUCUCCGCCAGUGUGGGAGAGUUCUCCUGUUAAAAACUCAGCGGCUAAAAUAAUUAGCGCUUGGGAGAAAUCUGUUUAUAAUAUUUCAUAAUAAUAAUAAUAAUUCUAUACAUUAUUCUAUAAUCGUUACAUUAGGCUGUUGAUGAACAUGGGCGCCUGAUAACAAAUCUGUGUUUUCGAGUGCGCUACACGGCUAAGUCACUUCUACGCUUCCCAGGAAGUAACGCUAGCUGCUAGCUUGUUAGCUUGUCAAGCUAGGUGGCUAACUUGGUCAAUAAUUCCCCGCUGUUGACAGUUUAAGGGGCCCGAGUUGUUUUCAAAACACACUUUCUGGCCGGAGGCGUUGUUUUUGUCUGGGAAGAGAGUUGAUUUUGUUGCUGUUGUUGUUGCUAACAGAUCCCUUCUUACCUUUAGGAUCAGCGGUCAUGUCUGGUAUAGCUCUGAGUCGACUUGCACAAGAGCGGAAAGCAUGGAGGAAAGAUCAUCCAUUCGGCUUCGUCGCCGUUCCAACUAAAAACCCUGAUGGUACGAUGAACCUGAUGAAUUGGGAGUGCGCCAUUCCAGGCAAGAAAGGGACUCCAUGGGAAGGAGGUCUAUUUAAGUUAAGGAUGCUCUUCAAAGACGACUACCCAUCAUCCCCUCCGAAAUGUAAAUUCGAGCCGCCGCUGUUUCAUCCGAACGUGUACCCAUCGGGAACCGUGUGUCUCUCCAUUUUAGAGGAGGACAAAGACUGGAGACCUGCUAUCACGAUCAAACAGAUUCUGUUGGGAAUCCAGGAGCUUUUAAAUGAGCCCAAUAUUCAGGACCCGGCCCAGGCUGAGGCUUAUACUAUAUACUGUCAGAACAGAGUGGAGUACGAGAAGAGGGUCCGAGCACAAGCCAAAAAGUUCUCUCCCUCGUAGACGGAGGGGUGGAUAAAUACGGAGGUGUCAGCACUCGUUUAUUUUUCAUCUUCUUCCCCCCCUCCCCCCCCUCUCGCUGGGACUGAAAGGACUUUACGUGAUGUCUGUGCCAUCUGCCCCAACCCCACAGGCCCCGCCCCCUUGAUAGUGAUGUCACAAACACAGCCCCUGCCCCCAUCGACAACCCCUCAGCAGGAUAGCCUCGCUUUAUCGCCGGCCAAUCAGAAACGGACCUCAUCUAUUCCCCACGUGCUUUUUUUUUUUUUCCCCUCCCCAGUCAACACAAACAUGAAGUGACUAUUAAAUUUCUGUGUACGUAUCGUGAGCGCGCGCGUGUGCAUGUAUGUUUCCUUUUAUUUUAACGUCAAAAUUCCCGUCAUUGAUUGUUUUGGUCCCCCCCAUGAUACAGAGUGAGAGCGUGUGUGUGGUCGGUAGCUCUGCUGAGAUCUCUUCAGCGUGAAACUGGGUGGAAUCUUGUUUUCUCGCACUUCUCUCCACACAGUGAAAUUAGUUUGGGGGGGGUGAAAAAAAAAGAAAAGAAUGAUUAGCUUAAGGGUUAAAUCAGCCGUAGCGACUUCGUUGCAGCUGCCGCACGCGAGCGCUGGUUUAAGUUGACUAAUCGUAAAUUUGGGAUCAUUGUAUGGUCAGAAUUACUCAUCACACCAGAAUAGCUUCUUUCUCUUUCUCUCUCUCUCUCUCUUUUUUUUUUUUUUUUUUCU